AGGCAGACCAAUGAGAACGACAAGCAGCCAAGGUUGGUACCACUGGAAACAGUUGAGUAUGAAGUGGAAGAACUGAUGUUUGGCCAUCAAGGGGGUCCAGAAAGCCAAGAGAAAAGCAACACAGAAGAUGGAGGAGAGAGUUCUCCCACUUCUUUCCCCUUUGAAAUCCAUCAAUUCCUAAUCCAGGAAGAAAACACAAAUGGAAAAUACGCUGGAUGUGACCAGAGAGAGACAAAUACAUUUAAUUUACAUGAAUAUUGUAGAAGUCAGGCUAAAAGGAAAGAGUAUGGUUGUAGACAAUAUGGAAGAAAUGUUAAUACUUUCUUCUCUCUUGGUUUGCCCAAAAAACUCUACAGGAAACACCAACCACAUACGUUUAUAAAAUUUGGGAGGGGUUUUAGUCUGAGCACUUACAUUAAUUCCCAUGAAGGAUUUCCCACAGAGGUGAAGCCGUGGAAAUGCAUGAGUUGUGGCAAGAGCUUCAGUACAAACAGUAACCUCGUUCGCCAUCAAAUGAUCCACACAGGUGAAAAGCCAUAUAAAUGCCUGGAGUGUGGCAAGAGCUUUAUUGAAAACAGAGAUCUUAUGCGUCAUAGAAGGAUCCACACGGGAGAGAAGCCAUAUAACUGCAUAGAGUGUGGAAAGGCCUUCAGAACCAACGGUCAUCUGACUCGCCAUCAAAAGGUCCAUACAGGUGAAAAACCAUAUCAAUGCAUGGACUGUGGGAAGAGCUACAUUGAAAGCAGAGAUCUUACUUGUCAUAAAAGGAUCCACACGGGGGAGAAGCCAUAUAAAUGCAGGGAGUGUGGAAAGAGCUUUCCUCGGAAUAGUGCCCUGCUUUGCCAUAAAAAAAUCCACACUGGAGAGAAGCCUUAUAAAUGUAUGGAAUGUGAGAAGAGCUUCAUUAAGAAAGGGCAGCUUAUUUCCCAUCAAAGGAUCCACACAGGUGAAAAGCCAUACAAGUGUAUGGAAUGUGGAAAGAGCUUCAGCAGAAACAAUAACCUUACAUCCCAUCAAAGAAUCCACACAAGGGAGAAACCGUACAAAUGUAUGGAGUGUGGAAAGAGCUUUAACUAUAACAGUGGCCUCUCCCGCCAUCAGAGGAAACACACAGGUGAGAAACCAUAUAAAUGCACAGUGUGCGGGAGGACCUUUAUUCAGAAAGGACAACUUAUUUCUCAUCAAAGGAUCCAUACAGGUGAGAAACCAUAUACAUGCAUGGAGUGCGGAAAGACCCUGAGUAGCAAGAGUGCCAUUGCCUACCAUCGAAGAAUCCACACUGGGGAGAAACCCUAUAAAUGUGCUGAGUGUGGUAAGACCUUUAUUCAGAAAGGGCAACUUAUUUCCCAUCAAAGAUUUCACACGGGGGAGAAACCAUAUAAAUGCAUGAAGUGUGGAAAGAGCUUCAGUAGUACCAGUGCUGUCACCUACCAUCAAAGAAUCCACGCUGGUGAGGAAGCAUACAUUCACACAUUGGGGGAGGCGGCCUCGAAGGGAGUUCACCACCUCCCCCGUCGGGGCUGCGCUGAAGCCGGAGACCGAAUGGAGGCCCGGGGAUCUCCCCGUCAGGCGGAGAGCGGCCUCUCCGAGGAGCCCCGCAGCUCCGAGGCCGAGCGCUGGCGCUUCCGGAGCUGCAGCUCCCGGAAGGCCGAGGGGCCGCGGGCGCUUUGCAGCCGCCUGCACCGGCUGUGCCGGGAGUGGCUGCGGCCCGAGCGGAGCAGCAAAGCCGAGAUGCUGGACCUGGUGGUGCUGGAGCAGCUGCUGGCCCUGCUGCCCCCGGAGUUGGCGGGCUGGCUGAGGGAGUGCGGGGCGGAAAGCUGCGCCCAGGCGGUGGCCCUGGCCGAAGGCUGCCUCCUCGGCUCCGCAGCCGCCCCGGAGCCCGGAAAGGGGCGGCAGAUGCAGGAGCUGUUCACAAGGGAGAUCUCAACAGAACUCCAGGAAAGAGAAGAUAGAUCCAGUCCUUCUCAAGAGCUAUUUUUCAGGAGGAUCCAACUUGGGGUACCUUGCCAGGGCUCUAAUUCCUUUGAAGAGGUGACUGUUGACUUCACAGAGGAGGAAUGGGCACUGUUGGAUCCCAGACAGAGGGCCUUAUGCAGUGAAGUCCUGAUGGAGGUUUCUAGGAAUAUGGCUACUCUGACAGGUGGUGGGCUGGAGAAUGAGAAUGACAAGCAGAUGAGAUUAAUGCCACUGCAAACAACAAAGCAUGAAGUACAAGAAAUAAUGUUUGACUAUGAAGGGGAUCCAAUAAGUCAAGAGAGAGGACACUCAGAAGAUAUGGGGGACAGUACUCCUACUUCUCUGCCUAUUGAAAUCCAUGGCUUCCUGACCCAACAAGGUCAGAAAGGGAAGAAAAAGGGAAAAUCCAGCAAAAGGGGGGAAAAUAAGUUUGAUUUGCCUGAGUAUAGCAGAUGUCAAACUAAAGGCUUUAUAAAUUAUGGAAAAUACAUCAAUAAUUUCUUCUCUUUUACUUUACUUAAGAAACUGUAUAGGAAAUACAAAUCACAUACGUUUAUAAAAGUUGGUAAGGAUUUCAAUCUGAGCAGAGAUAUGAAACUCUGCAUGAAGUCUGGAAAGAACUUCACUAUCAACAGUAUUUUUAAUCAUCAAAGGAUCCACAAAAGGGAGAGAACAUAUAAAUUCAUGGAGUGCGGAAAAAGCUUUUGUCAGGAUAGAAUGCUUACUCAUCAUAAAAGGAUCCACAUGGGUGAAAGACCAUAUAAAUGCCUAGAGUGUGGAAAGGGAUUUACUCGAAAAGGACAUCUUACUUGUCAUGAAAGGAUCCACACAGGAGAAAAACCUUAUAAAUGUACUGAGUGUGGAAAAGCCUUCAGAACAAAGGGCCAUCUGAUUCGUCAUAACAGGAUCCACACAGGGGAGAAAACAUAUACUUGCAGGGAGUGUGGAAAGCGAUUCAUUGAGAAUAGAGAUCUUAUUACCCAUCAAAGGAUCCACACAGGGGAGAGUCUAUAUAAAUGCCCUGUCUGUGGAAAGAGCUUUACUCAGAAAGGACAGUUUAAUUCUCAUCAAUGGGUUCACACCGGGGAGAAACCUUAUAAAUGCUCAGAGUGUGGAAAGGGCUUCAGUACAAACUGUAAUCUGGCUCGCCACCAAAAGAUCCACACAGGGGAAAGACCAUAUAAAUGCCUGGAGUGUGGAAAGAGCUUUUUUGACAAUAAAGAUCUUACUCGCCACCAAAGGAUCCACACGGGAGAUAAACCUUAUAAAUGCCUGGAAUGUGGAAAGAGCUUUGCUCAGAAAGGACAACUUAAUUCCCAUAAAAGAAUCCACACUGGUGAGAGACCAUAUAAAUGUAUGGAGUGUGGAAAGCAGUUCACUCAGAAAGGAAAUCUUACUGAUCAUGAAAGAAUCCACACAGGGGAGAAACCAUAUAAAUGUAUCGAAUGUGAAAAGAGCUUUGCUAAGAAAGGACAGCUUAAUUCUCAUAAAAGGAUCCACACAGGUGAGAGGCCACAUAAGUGCAUGGAAUGUGGAAAGAGCUAUUUCGAUCAGAGAGAUCUUACACACCACCUAAGAACCCACACAGGGGAUAACCCAUAUAAAUGCCUAGAAUGGGAAAAGACCUUGAUUGUCAACAGAGACCUUAUUUGCCAACAAAGUAUUCACACAAGGGAGAAACCAUAUACAUCAAUUGAGUGUGAAAAAGACUUUAAUGACUACAGCAUCUUUACAUCUCAUAAAGGGAUCCAUACAAGAAAAAAUGGAAUGUGGAACAAGCUUCAUUGAAAAUUUUGCACUUAAUUCUCAUAAAAAGAGUCAUGGAGGGAAAAAAAUCAUAUAAAUCCUAGGAAUGAGUUUCAGUCAACUUAUUCAUCAUCAAAGGAGCCAGACAUGGGAGAAAAAAUACUAGUGUAUGCAUUGUGCAAAGAUCUUUGGUUUGAACCAGAAUAUUACUUACCUUCCAAGUAUCCCCACAGGGAAAUACUCAAGUGCUCGCAUGUGGUAAGAGCUGAAGAUGGAUCAGUGGCCUUACUAGUAAUAGUAUGAUCAUAUUGAAGAGUUAUCAUAGAAAUGUACAGGAGUAUGGGUGUAUCUGUAAAGUGCACCAUUGUCUCACUCAUACUUUUUGCACAUAUUUGAUUUGUGAGACAUGGAGAACAUAUAUCUUUAAAAGCUGGUUAUCUCAGUAUGGCUUGAGUGCUUGAUCUGUGGUCAAAUGAAUCUAGAAAAUGGUCAUCAUAAUCAGUUAUGGAAGGUGGAACAACAGAAAAACUAUAGCUUAAGGAGAUGAAGAGGUAUAUUUUCUCAAUCUCAGUCAGAAUAGAGCUGGAAGAGACAUUAUAGGUCUUUCUUCUAGUCCAACCCCCUGCUCAA